AUGUCGUCUCACCGGGGCAGUCAAGGCACAGAUGGGCAGCUGAAGACCCAGGGUCCGUGUAUGCUUCUGGAGCCCUUCCUUCCAAAGAGAUGCACCGUCGACCAGCUCCUGGUGCUCCUUAUUCCAAUCCGCCUGCCCAGUCUUGAUAUCCCAAGACCAAAUGAGCGGGCCGAUCCCCGGACCCAGCUGGUGGAUAUCAUGGUGUCGAAUUUAGGUUCUGGAAGAAACCACAUCGAGACUAAUGAGCACCUGCCGUUGAGCGGCUCAGCCUGCACCGGUGCAUCGGGAAACAGGGGUGCAGAUUGCCCCAGCGUCGUGGCUCGCCAGCUGGACCGCCCAAUCGCGGGGAAGGUCGCUAGCGAAGACAACGUCGCGCGUGUCCCGAAAUGUCCAGAGCUCAAAUUUCAUCAUGAAUUUGGUGUGGGUAAGGUGGCAUAG